AUGAAAGAACCCCUCAGCCUCAUCGUCCGUCACUUUACAGUAACCUCUUGGUCGAAGAGGCCUGAAAGCCUUUUUCUGAACGAAGAUGGCCACGUUGACUUCACAUCGGACGAUGUUGAAAAUCCCAAAAAUUGGUCGGCAGUACGCCGCUGGUACAUCGUGAUAGCUUCGUUGAUGCUUGCGCUCAACGCGACUUUUGCUUCGUCAAGCCCAACAGGAUGUCUCGAGAGUAUUGCAGAAGAGCUGAACGUCUCUGUAGAGGCAUCGGGGCUCGUCAUUACGCUCUUCUUGUUAGGAUACUGUUUCGGGCCACUGAUCUGGGGCCCGCUGAGCGAAUUCUACGGUCGACGCGUGGUCUUCUUGAUCUCCUUCUCUCUGUACCUCGCGUUCAACUUUUUAUGCGCUUUUACGCCCAACUUUGCGGGACUAUUGGUCGGAAGAUUCCUCACCGGCUCCUUCGUCAGCAGCACGUUGUCAGUUUCACCUGGCGUGAUGGCUGAUAUUCUGGAUCCCGCUGAGCGCGGAAUCGGCCUGGCACUUUUUGCGGUCAUCACCCUGGCAGGGCCCGCCCUUGGUCCGGUCAUCUCAGGCUUUCUCCAACUGAAACUCAACUGGCGAUGGAGCUUCUACGUUCUUCUUUGGCUCGCUGGAGGGACAUAUCCAUUUUUGCUCUCGCUCCCCGAAACCCAUCCACCGACCAUACUACUGGCUAAAGCACGUCGGGCAAGACGCAACAAGACCCCUGGCUACGAAAACGUGAUGACGGCCGCGGAGGCUAGUGGCCGUACGCUGAGAGCUAUACUUCGGGUGGCUCUCAUUCGACCUUGGAUUAUCUUGUUCGAUCCAAUUUCUUUCCUCUUCGCUGUUUAUACGACGGUGGCUUACGCGCUGUUAUAUAUGCUAUUUGUGAUCUUCCCUGUGGUCUUUCAACAAAAGCGAGGCUGGAACAGUGGGGUCGGUGAGCUCCCUCUCCUCAGUGUCAUUCUUGGCAGCUGCCUAGGUGGCAGUGUCAUCUGUUGUCAAUCGUUGUGGGAGAGGAAGAAGACGCUCGCAGGUUGGCAACGCGUCCCAGAAGACCGGCUACCAGUCACGAUUGUUGCUGGCAUCCUGCUCCCUAUCUCCAUGUUCUGGUUUGCCUGGUGUGGGGCGUACAACGGAGUGCCCUGGGUCGUCGUUACCCUUGCAGCGGCAUCUCUCGUGUUGGCGAUGACGAUGUUGUUUGUUUCAUGUCUUUGCUAUCUAAUUGAUUGCUACCUUGUGUAUGCGGCAAGUGCGAUAGCAGUCAACACAGUUUGUCGGGCCGCCGGCGGGGCGGCAUCGCCUCUUUUCACCCAGUACAUGUACGACAGAUUGGGGGUUGGAGGUGGUGGUUCUCUGAUAGGAGGUUUGGGAGUCCUGCUUGCCGCCGUUCCCGUCUUGUUGUACAAGUACGGCGAGCGCAUUCGCCAGCGAUCGAGAUUUUCGCCAACCGGAGAGAAGAGGAAAUGA